AUAAACCUAUGUUAUCAACCCAACACCUCUGAACUCUUCUUCUUCUUCAGCUUCUUCAGCUGGCUUUUCCUUCCAUCCAACAGAAACAAUGGUGAAGUUCUCGAAAGAACUCGAAGCCCAACUCAUCCCGGAAUGGAAGGAUGCUUUUGUCAAUUACUGGCAGCUGAAGAAGCAUGUCAAGAAGAUAAGGCUCUCAAGAAAAGCAGAGCAAUCAAAUGAAACCAACCCUGAUUUUGGGAUUUCCAUUUUCGAUCCCAUUCGAUUCGUUGCCAAGAAAAUCUCUCACAAGCUUUUCGAUUUCGGAGAAAAACCUGAGAUUUUUCAGAUGAAGAGCAAAAUCACACAGAAAGAAGAUGAUGAUGAUGAGGACGAGGAUGAUGACGAAGAAGAGGAAGUGAAUGAAACUGAUCAGGAGGUGAAAAUGUUCUUUGAGAGAUUAGAUGAGGAGCUGGAUAAAGUGAACCAGUUUUACAAGACCAAAGAGAGGGAGUUUCUUGAAAGAGGAGAGAUUUUGACUAAGCAGCUACAGAUUUUGCUGGACCUCAAGCAAGUUCUCGGCCAACAGCGCCGGAAAAGUAAUCCCGGAGUUCUUCCUGUGUCUUUCUCGUCGUCUACCAUGAACUCCGAUUAUUCAGAAAGCCAAACUGAAUACAGUGAAAGCCCUAGAGAAACCUCAAAGACGGACGAAGUAAUCGCGGCGCUGGAAAAGAAUGGCGUACAUUUUAUUGCCUCUGCAACAAACUUGAAAGCAAAGAAGGAGAAGCCAAAGACUGCCAUGAGGAUUGACAUUCCAGCUAUAGCACCAACACGGUCCGUAUCGGCCGUUGCUUCCAUGCUUUGGGAAGAUAUAGUUAAAAACCCUAAGAAAGAAGGCCCGGGAGACUUCAUCAAUAGAAAGAAGAUUCAGUGUGCGGAGAAGAUGAUUAGAGGUGCUUUUGUUGAGCUUUACAGAGGCCUUGGUCUACUCAAAACAUACAGCUCUCUGAAUAUGGUGGCUUUCGUCAAGAUAGUUAAGAAAUUCGACAAGGUGUCAAACCAGCAAGCUUCCGCAAAUUAUCUGAAAGUCGUGAAGAGAUCGCAUUUCAUUAGUUCCGAUAAGGUGGUUAGAUUAAUGGACGAAGUGGAGUCCUCAUUCAUAAAGCACUUCGCCAACAAGGACAGGAAAAAAGCAAUGAAAUUUUUGAGGCCCCAACUGCAAAAAGAUUCUCACAUGGUUACCUUUUUUGUUGGAUUGUUUACAGGUUGUUUUUUGACACUAUUUAGUGUGUAUGCAAUAUUGGCGCAUUUGUGCGGCAUGUUCUCCCCUACAACAGAAACAGCUUAUAUGGAGACCGUCUACCCUGUUUUCAGUAUGUUUGCCUUGCUAAGCCUGCACUUGUUCAUGUAUGGUUGCAAUCUCUUCAUGUGGAAGAGCACGAGGAUCAAUUACAACUUCAUAUUCGAAUUCCAGCCCAGCACGGCCGUCAAGUACAGAGAUGCCUUCCUCAUCUGCACAUCUCUGAUGACCGCGGUGGUCGGAGCCAUGGUCAUCCAUCUCAUCUUAUUGUCAAGUCAUUUUUCGCCGCGACAAGUUGAUGCCAUUCCUGGAUUUCUCUUCCUGUUUUUCAUCGCCCUGCUCAUAUGUCCAUUCAACAUCUGCUAUCGCCCAACCCGGUAUUGCUUCCUUCGCAUAAUUCGCAACAUAAUCUGCUCCCCAUUCUACAGGGUUUUGAUGGUAGAUUUUUUCAUGGCUGACCAACUUACUAGCCAGAUUCCAUUGCUGAGGCACAUUGAAUCCGCAGCAUGCUAUUUCGUAGCUGGAAAUAUCAAGACAAACCGAUAUGAAACCUGCAAGUCCGGAAAGCUAUACAGAGAGCUUGCAUAUGUCAUCUCUUUUGCACCGUACUACUGGCGUGCAAUGCAGUGUGCAAGAAGAUGGUUUGAUGAAUGUGACAUGAACCACCUGGCUAACUUGGGAAAGUAUGUUUCGGCCAUGGUAGCAGCCGGGGCUAGGUUAACGUAUGCCAGGCAGCCCACACAGUUAUGGAUGGUCAUAGUCUUGGUCACUUCACUGGUGGCCACAGUUUAUCAGUUGUACUGGGAUUUUGUCAAGGACUGGGGACUUUUCAACCCAAAAUCCAAGAAUCCAUGGCUUAGAGAUGAACUCGUUCUAAAGAACAAAAGCAUCUACUACAUUUCCAUUGCCUUCAAUUUUGUCCUUCGAGUAGCUUGGGUAGAAACAGUAAUGCCAUUCAAUAUUGGAGCCUUCGAGUCAAGGUUGCUGGAUUUUUCACUUGCUUCACUGGAGGUUAUCAGACGCGGGCACUGGAAUUUCUACAGGUUGGAGAAUGAACAUCUAAACAAUGUUGGAAAGUUUAGGGCAGUGAAGACAGUACCUUUGCCAUUCCGUGAGACAGAUUCUGAUGGCUGAAGUAUUAGCAUGUAGAGACUGUCACCGCAGAUUGGCCAACAUGAAGGAAGAGGCUUGCAGUACUUUCCGCGACCAUAUAUAGCUUGAAGCGAUCCGUAUUGAUUAUGACAUUGAGAUAUCUCGAUCAUCAUACAUCAGUGAUCGAUCCCACUAAAAAGGCGAGCCGUAAGGCUCCUGAUGUAGUAACCAAGGCGUGCAUUCGAGAAUGCUUGGUGUCUUGUAAAUUUGGGCAUUUUAACUUGCACUUAAUGAUGAAAGUGUAUUUGUAAUUCUGAACUUUUCCUUGUGGUAUUGAAUAUAAACAAGAUUUGCC